AUGCAAGAUUGUAGACCAAGUGAUACCCCUGUUGCUAAAGGAGACAAAUUCGGUCUUAGUCAGUGCCCUAAAAGUAACAUUGAAAUUCAAGAAAUGCAAAAUAUUCCUUAUGCAUCAAAUGUUGGGAGUCUAAUGUAUUGUCAAGUAUGUACGCGUCCAGAUAUUGAGUACAUUGUUGGGAUGUUAGACAGAUAUUUAAGCAACUCUGGUAUGGACCAUUGGAUAGCAAUCAAGAGGGUUAUGAGGUAUCUUCAGAGAACAAAAGAUUACAUGCUCACAUACAGGAAAUCAGAUCAUUUGGAGGUCGUAGGGUAUUCAGAUUCUGAUUUUGCUGGAUGCCAAGAUAGCAGAAAGUCUACAUCAGGCUAUAUUUACCUCUUAGCUAGAGGAGCUAUAUCCUGGAAAAGUGUCAAAAAGAUACUUGUAGCUUCUUCCACCAUGGCAGUAGAAUUUGUAGCAUGCUAUGAGGCAUCAAAUCAUGGAAUAUGGCUGUGA